CUCAUUAACAUUCAACUGUUCAACAUGUGGAAAGAGAGCAAGCUGGGCUUCUCCUUCGAAAGGAAUAAUGAAUUAGCAGUAACUAUGAGUGACACGUAAUAUCUGUGCUUUGGCCCAGCAGUGUGUGUUGUGUGUGUGUGUGUUUGCUUUCAAUGAAGUACGGAAUCCAUUUUAGUAAAGUUAUUUUUCUGCUUGAUCAAAAAUACUUUCACUAUUUAUCAAAUUAGGCCUACACCAAAAACGAAAAAUCACUAAUUUUGAGAAAACCAAUCAAGCAUGAAAGCUAACAAUAACUUUCGCGAGCAGGUAACCUUGGUUACGAACUGGUUCAAGACCUGGAGUGAGUGUGAGCAGACUGUGGCGUUAUACUCCCUGUUGAAGAAGUUGACCCCUUCCCAGGCCAAGUUCCUGGUGCAGGUUCUACAGCAGUCCCUGUCCGAGUGCGCAGAGGCCAAGAUCCUGGAGGAACGAGCCAAUGACCCGGUGCACAUCAGCCAGCUCUGUGGUGAGUACAAAGACAAGGCCAUCCUGCAUCUGCUCAACUACCUGCCUCUGUUGCAGUCGGGGAACACGCUGGCCAAGAAGGAGUACCUGACCGUCAUCCCCAAGGUGCUGUCCCACGCCAUCGAGAGUGGAGUCAACAUCGAGGAGAGCCGGCAGCUCCUCUCGUACUCUCUCAUCCACCCGGCGAUCACCACCGAGGAGCGGUCGCAGUUUCGGAUGUGGCUGGGCUACCUGGAGGAGCGAUUCACGUACAGCAUCAACCACUCACGCCAGACCCAGUCCUCGCAGGACUCCGGCUAUUCUCAGGACAGUGUGGUGUCCAACCUUAGCUGCCAGACUUCCGGUAUAAACAAUGUUCAGCUCAACGGAUGGAAUUUGAUACCGUCCGAGCUGAUCGGCCCUGCCACUGGGAACGAUCGUGUGGAUAAUUCCAGUAGCACUGGCGGGCUGAUGCCAAACAGUUUCGGACACCUCCCGCUACAAGUGAGUAACAGUCACGCCGGGGCUGUGUCCUCGCCCAACAGUGGACACAUCCCGCUUCACGCCACUUCAUCAGCUCCACCCAUCUUCAACACAACAGUGCCUACAUCACAGGGCAACAACAGUCCAGGUAAUCUUCAUUCACCAUUACGUAGAACUUACUCCAUUGCUCCGCCAGUGGCCAUCCAGAAUCCCGAGAAGUUUGUGUCUGACUGGCUGCGCACCAAUGACGACCACCUCUCCCAGGUGCAGUCAGCCGCGUCGGACCAUGCCCCUCUCUCACCUCAAAGCAGCGUUACGUCAUCGGGCAGUGGAGAGUCGCACCAUGACGACGGACCACAGCCAAUCAGGGACAGCUUCUUGGAGGAGGGAAGCGGGAUGAGAGAUGUUCCGGUAUGGCUAAAAAGUCUGCGGUUACAUAAGUAUGCCUAUUUGUUUCGACAAAUGAUCUACGAGGACAUGCUCAACCUUUCUGAAGAGUGGCUAGAAACGCAAAAUGUGACAAAAGGUGCUCGCCAUAAAAUUAUUCUGAGUAUUGCCAAACUGAGAGAAAGACAGGGCUUGCUCAUUUCGUUAGAAAAGGAAAUCAUGAAUGGUGGGUCGAUAAAGCAAGCAAUCGGUGAAAUGCGCAGCAUGCUGAACACUCCAAUCAAAUACGUAUCAUCGUCAACUGUUCCCUCGACACCUCCGCCGUCCCCGUCCACGCCUGAUGUGGACGGACACAAGAUUGCUGAAGGAGAUCUUCCCAGUCAGUUCAUCAGGCUCAUGGGCAAAGUGUGUACACAACUCUUGUGUAGUCGCCCGGACGAUGACUGCUUUACAAUCUUCCUUCAACUCAUCGACAAGUGUCUCAACCACGAGGCUUUCACACAUAAACAAAAAAAUCUUCUCUCAACCUGGAAGCUACAAGCACAGAAAAUCUGGCAACCCCCGCCACACAAAUACAGUGACAAGCCGAGGAAAGGAUGGGGCAACACAUUUCCACUGAUAGGCACCUCAUUUGCUAAGCAGAAUCGAAACCCUCAGAAAACCAGUCCACAGCAAUGGAGCUUUGGAACGAAACGAUCUGUUGUUGGUGCCUCCCCCGUGGGGCAUCUUCCCCUCCAGCGCAACAAUUCCCUCAACACGUCAUUGGCUAACAAGCCUGGACUUCUGGAGCAGGGUAAACAACAAGUUACAAGAACCCACUCACUGCCAAUACGAUCUGGACCACUAUCUGUUUCUGUACCAGCUGACCAAGGCUCAACGGAUGAAAUAAAUGCAAGACUGGAUUCGCUGUGUAUAAGCAUGACAGAACAUGCAUUAGGCAGUUUAGGGUAAAUGUUUUAAGAGACUACAAAAUGAUGGACGUACUUGUGGCAAUAUUGUGAAUUCUAACCCAGUGCUAGAGAUUGGACCAACAGCUUUUGCUUUCAACAGACCUCUGGUUGAAAUGACAGCACCUGCAAGGUGUCUGAGACUAGUGUGUGUUAUGUUAGAGGUUGCGUACACGUGUGUUUGCACUGUUCCCUGUCAUUGUUUCGUAUCUUUCACAUUGUUGACGAUUAACCACUGACAUGUGCUAAUGUCUACAGUCAGAAUGUAUGGUGCUGUUUGUGGUACGCAUUUAGUAUCUAUCUCCCUGCUGCUGUUACAGCACAGUUUUAAAAUUCUGUUAGCUAAAAUCGUGUCCAGACAUUUUCAAAAGAACCGAGAAAGUGUUACCUGGUACAUCAUUUAAUAAAAGAAAAAAUUACAAAAUAUAAUUUUAAUCUGUAAGCUGACUUUUAAUUAUUUAGUUUGAGUAAAAAUAUUAAGUAUGGAUAUUGUGUUGCAUUAAGAAAAUAAGGGGGUGAUUCCUGAGGUAAACCUGUAUAGGAUGACAGUUACAUGUAGUUACAUGAAAGAAUCUGAACCUUCGUUUCAGGGUGGUCUGUAUGGUGCUUGUAAAAUGUCCCUUGUGCCAUUACUAAAAGAGUAAAUGUAAUUUUACUUUGUACUAUACUAUACCGAAAAAACCCCCAUGUCAUUUUGGUAUGAAAGGAAUCUUAUUUUUAUUAUCAAAGAUGUAUGCAUGAAAAGAUGGCGGAUUGCCACUGCACAUUGUAGUGGAAACAUGUUGCAUAUUUAUUAGUAGACAUUGAGAAUGUUUAUCGAAAAAGUAAACCUGCUGAUAUUUAUUUGCUCGUAAAUGUUGUAGAGAAUAAUGCUGAUGAGUUUGCUAAGGUGGAUGAUUUGUUUUUAUGUUAUUCUCAAAUUCAGUUAUCUCCCUUACUCUGCUAUGACAUAUCCAUUUCGAAGGCAUUUGGUCAUCUCAAGUUUGAGAACAAAAUUGAUUUGGCCGAUCAGAAUAACCACAACAGUGCCUUGGAAUUUUGAUGUUUUGGCAUGCCAAAAUGUUAUAUAUUUAGAAUUUUACAUUCAUAAAAACUCAUUGGUAAUAUUUUCAUACAAAAAGCUAAUAUUUUAUUAGAAUAUAGCAUCAAAAAUUGUACAAGGUCAUUUGUAUCUAGUUGUUGAGAGAUGUACAGAUUUAUAUUUUGGAUCCUGUUUGUUGCAUCAAGGGUCAAGUAAAGGUAUUACUUGGAAAACCCUGCUUUUUUUUCUUUAGUAUGUGACUGUUUUCAUGUGACAAAUACCCAACAUAUUUUGUGUUUGGUUUUAUUUAAACAAUGUCUACUUGUAUGGCAUUUCCAAUUAAAAGUGCUAAUUACAACACAUUAUAAUUAUAAAUUAGUACAAUUCAGUAUUGCAUGUUUUCCCCCAUAUUUAUUUCAUUGUAUGUUCAAAACCUGUAGCUAAAACAUCUUUUAGGGCUUUGUUGGUUGUUACAACCACAUUUGUAAGUACUUGUACUGGAAAUUUCACUCUGUAUAACCAAGACACAUGGAAAUUAAAAUAAAGAUUUAGGUUGGUGUAUAUAUCGUUUUGUGGAUAUACAAAUAACAAAAUUUACUUCAAAAUAUUACUAAGCCUUUUACAGAGGACAAUAUUUACAAAUGUUAUGUAAAUGGUAAAGGUGGGUGACAUGAACCAAUUGUUUAUCCUCAGACAUUUUUACUGCAGCUCUGGGCUCUGUUCCAUGAAAUGAUCAUAACACUACAGCCGUCGUAGGUAGCUACUAUCAUGAUUACAACAAUAGAUACUUAAAUUUGUAGCAUGAUGAUUGUUUUUUUGAACCAGGGUCCUGUUUUACAAUGACUCUUCAAAUGCUAAAAAAACCCUCCAAAACCUAGAACAUUUUUGGAAUACAUGGAUUUUUGGAAUAGUUUGCAUAUUUUAAUUUUAAAACAUGAUUCACCACAUAACUGAUACGGCAGUUUGUUUAAAUUGGAAGUUGCAUAGCCAUCUUGUAAGCAGAAGCACAGUCCUCGUGAAUUAUUGUGCCGUGUUUUAGUGCUCUGUAUUUUACCCUAGAGGUCUGAUAUGUGCUUUUCCCCCUUUUUCAAUUGUAGAUUAUUCACAUUUUGUAUUCAUUAGUCAUGGGUUGUGACCUAUAAAUAACUCCACAUAAUGCACCUGCAUAUAAAGUCAACUAAGACACACAUCUGUAUAGCUCACAGAAUGUAAUCGUAAUCUGAGAAAGAUUUAUGUGGGAAUAACAUUACAUCCUCAAUUGUACAAGUUGUGAUCGUUUUCAUCAGAAUGUUUAUGUUUGACAAGAUGUCAAGUUAUUUCUGUUAUGUCCUGUCGUUUUGUAAUAGUUAGGCUCUUCUGCAUUCCAUGUUGGUUUUGUCGUGUUUUUAGUGUUUUACCGAAACUAACACACUGUGCGUGGUGAUGAAUGAAUGUACAAUGUUCGUAUGUGUGAACACUGCAGGUACAGUGGUCAUGUCAAACACAGCUCUUUAUUUUUUAUGUUUUUGUCACAAAUGUUAAUACUUUACUACCAUUUUCUGGGGAUAAAGCAGGCUAGACAUAAGAGGGCCAUAUUCUUUCUAUCAACUGAGGAAAUAAUGUUACUGUUAUUUCAGUAUUGGGUUUUGUCUUUCGUUUCGUGUCAAGAUCUAAUGAUAUGGAAAUUAAAAAACAAAUUGUUUUGUGAAAUGAUAUAAAUCAAUAUUGUUACAUCCAGUUACUUGUCCAAAUUAACCUGGUUCUAAACAAAUAUUCGUCUUUUAAUGGAUACCAAGUAAUUUUGCUCCAUGAACUAUUCAAAUCCAUACCAUACUGCCAAAUAAUGGGGUGGGUUUUUUUUUUUAGUCCUGUACCUUUUUUUUUUUGGACAAAAUAAUACAUAAUAAUAAUUUUAAUUGUUUUUAAUUAUUUUAAUAAAUUUUAUUAUGGCUGCCAAGAUAAAACAAUAGCAAUUUGAUUACAUGUUUGAAAUUUCAAUUUAUACAUUCUGUGAAAGAAAUUUUUAAUAAAAGGUUACUGGAUACUUUGUUAAUAUAAAUGUUGUUUAUGCAUGUCAGCAUAUGCUGUAAUGAACUCAAAACAAAGAAUAGAGUUCAUGGUGUGAAAUACAUUUAAAAAUAAAAUAAAAAAUCGUAGCUAUGUAAAACGUAAAAUGGUUUUUACAUAGCAGAUAUAAAUUUUUGUAUUGCAUUUUUCUGGACCUUUGCUGCAUAGCUAACAAUUACUUCCAUAGUUAAAAACAAGACCAGUUUAUGCCGACAGCAUUUUGAAUUGGUAAAAUUGUUAUACUGUUGGACUUUCAUAUGUCUUGACCUAGAAAGUUGGUUGUUAACAGCCUUUCCAUUCCAGAAAUCAGCCGAGGAGUUUCAAAAUGGAGCAUCUGGAAGCCAAUCAGAAUGUUUUUGAUUUCAUGCCAUGGUUUAUAUUGGCUCAGCAUUUUGGUUAUAAUGACAUGCCUGACAUUUAUGCAUGGUGACUAUUUUGUUAAAAUAAAUCUUACACCUCCUUCAAAUAGUAUGAUGGCAAAUUACAUUUUGAAUUUCGGUAAGAAGAGGCCAUUUUAGAUAUUUUAGGAUUUUUUUUUUUUUUUUUUACAUUUUGGAACAUAAAGUUUAAACACCAGAUACAUUAAUACAUUUUAUCUAUCUAGUGACUUCUGCUCCAUUGUUACCAGUAAAGUUUGCUUAUGAUGAUGUGGAAAUGUUUUCAUUGUUUUAAUAGCUAGUCAUAGUAUAUAUUGCUCAAUUUAUAUUAAAUAGUAAUGUCUGUAUUCCCGAUCUCAAAUAAAUGCUGCAUGUACAGA